AUAAAAAAGAAGAUUAAGAGAUACUGGUAAAAUAUAACCUUUAAAUUUACAUCCAAACAGUUUGUUUAUGAUUUGUAUAUAUCUUUUUAAAUAUGUUAAAAAAUACCAGUAAAAUUAGACAUUUGUGCGCAGUAACUCAAAGUUUCAAUAAUAUAAAAUUGAUUAAUGAAGUGAAAGGAACAUGCCUAGUUAAUUACCACCAGAUUAGACCAAAAAAAGAUGAUUCUAGUUUAUCAUCUUUGUUUGUUCCUGUACAAAUUAAACCUAACACUGAUGAUAUAAAUGUAGGAACGGAACUUACUGGAAAUUUGAACAAAUCAGAUUUAUUAAAAAUUUUAAACAAAUUUUACCAGAAGAAGGAAGUUACAGCGUUACUUACUGAAAAUGGCCUCGAUCAAUAUUUGCAACACCAAGCAUAUGUGAGUUUCCGGAGGUAUUGUUUAGAGGCUCAAAAUCUUCCAACUGAUAUUCACGUUGUGUUUAGUGAUAUUUUACAAGGAGCUGGAAAUGUUCUCGACCUUUUUCCUUAUUUCCUUCGCCAUGCCAAAAUAAUGUUUCCUCACUUGGAUUGUAUGGAUGAUUUGAAGAAAAUAUCAGAUUUAAGGUUACCAGCUAAUUGGUAUCCUGAAGCUAGAGCAAUAAAUAGGAAAAUUAUUUUUCAUGCUGGUCCUACAAACUCGGGAAAAACUUAUCAUGCUUUAGAAAGGUUCAUAACAUCAAAAUCAGGAGUUUACUGUGGACCUUUAAAGCUACUAGCAAAUGAAGUAUUCAAUAAAUCAAAUAAUAGGGGAACUCCAUGUGAUUUGGUAACAGGUGAAGAGAGAAAUUUUGCAGAUCCUUCAGGAAAUGCGUCUAAUCACGUUUCUUGUACAGUGGAAAUGACAUCUGUAAUUAAUCCUUAUGAAGUAGCUGUAAUAGAUGAAAUUCAGAUGAUAAGAGAUCCCCAGAGAGGUUGGGCAUGGACAAGAGCAUUAUUGGGGCUUAAAGCUGAAGAAAUACAUCUUUGUGGAGAAGCCGGAGCAAUUGAUUUGGUUAAACAAAUUAGUUUAACAACUGGAGAAGAUUUGGAAAUUCGUAACUAUAAGAGACUGACUCCUUUAAAAAUUGAAGAUUCUGCUGUAGGAUCGUUAGAAAAUGUACUUCCUGGCGACUGUAUAGUUUGCUUCAGCAAAAACGAUAUCUACAAUGUUUCUAGAGGAAUAGAAGCAACAGGAAGAGAGGUUGCCGUCAUUUAUGGUGGCCUGCCUCCCGGGACAAAGUUAGCACAAGCCGCAAAAUUCAAUGAUCCAGACAAUAGUUGUAAGAUAUUAGUAGCUACAGAUGCUAUCGGUAUGGGUCUUAACUUGAGUAUAAAACGGGUAGUAUUUUAUUCUUUAAUAAAGGCUUCAAUGAAUGAGAAAGGAGAAAGAGAAAUGGAUACCAUUUCUGUUUCAUCUGCUCUACAAAUUGCAGGAAGAGCAGGACGAUAUGGAACUCAAUGGCCAGAAGGAUCGGUAACAACGUUCAAACCCGAAGAUUUACCUACUCUUCAAAAUUUAUUGUCUUCAGAACCAGAUCCUAUCACUCAAGCGGGUUUGCAUCCAACAGCUGAACAGAUAGAACUUUAUGCGUAUCAUUUACCAAAUUCUACACUUAGCAAUCUAAUGGAUAUUUUUAUAAACCUUUCAACAGUAGAUGAUUCCUUAUAUUUUAUGUGUCAAACUGAAGACUUCAAGUUUUUGGCUGAUAUGAUUCAACAUGUACCAUUACCUCUUAGGGCUAGAUACUUGUUCUGUUGUGCACCGAUUAAUAAAAAGAUGCCGUUUGUGUGCACCAUGUUUUUAAAGUUUGCAAGACAGUAUAGUAAAAAUGAAAUGAUAACGUUUGACUGGCUUUGUAGAACUAUCGGAUGGCCUUUACAACCACCAAAGACAAUAUUAGAUUUAGUCCAUUUAGAAGCUGUAUUCGACGUCCUCGAUUUGUAUUUGUGGUUAAGUUAUCGUUUUACGGAUUUAUUCAAUCAACCAGAUUUAGUGAGAGAUAUGCAGAGGGAAUUAGAUCAAAUUAUCCAACAAGGUAUUGUUCAAUUAACAAGAUUAUUGAGAAAUUCAGAAACUGGUAUCAGUUCCGGAACUGCAGCUAUCGACGACGAUGAAUUUUCAAUGAGCAGACAAAAACAAUCGUAUUUGAGAGGUCAAAAGUCUAUGAGUUUGGGAAAAGGUAAAUUAACAGAGCGUCUUUUGGCGCAAGGCAUUCUAACUCCGACCAUGUUACAAGAAUUGAAGAAAGAAUGGAAUAAAAAUUCGGAAAAUAAAACUGUCGACGAAGAACAGAAGAAAACUAGAAGAAAACGAAAAACCACCAAAUAAGAAACAUUCAGAAUAUCUAGAUUUUUUUGUUAUAAUAUUUUUUUAUUUCCAUUUUUUAUGGGGGUUCACAAUAAAUAAACAUUUGAAAAAUUGUACUUAAAAUUAGCUACAUACCUACUGUAGUAUUUUCCCAUACCGAUUUUUAAUAUAAGAUAAUAAAUUCAGUGCAGCUUUUGUUUUUCCUUGAUAUUUGAAGGCGAUAACCUCGAUAAAUAGUUCUUUAAUAAAAUCCUUAAAAUCUGCCUUACAAGAAGUCUCCUAGAAUGGAGUUCAAAUCCUCAUUACGUUUCGUUGGAUAUUAGGAAUUUAAAUCUAGUUUGAAUGGUAGGAAUAGGAGGAUUGAAACUAUUCUCCUUAUAGGCGGUAUUUCUUCUGAUCGGAUCCAAAUCCUUGCUCCUUUUUCACACCAAUUUCCAAAGUUAGUUUCCUAAGGAUCUUUUUUUAAUUAAAUACUUCUUUUCAUAUAUACCAUAGAAAAUCUAAGUGCCAUUACAAUGCGUUCGUGGUUCCUUUCUGGCAUCUUGAUUCCUCAGGGACAAAAGGGACACUUUUUAAUUCAUUAUUUUAAAAAAUAGUAUUAUAUGUAAACGGAAAUAUUUAUAGGGAAAAUAAUUGAACACACUUUUUUGUAAAUUGGAAUUCUUUAAUAAUUUUAUAUUUCUUACAUCUAUGACUAGUGCAAAAAUUUUUAAACUGAAAGAAUUCACUGCAAUGGAAAUAUCUAACUAAAUAUUGGACAAUUUCAUGGUAUUAAGAUUUUUUUAUUAACAUAACAGGCUUUUAGUUUGGAUGCUCUUAGUUUAGAAUAAAAAAAAUAUUUUGAUUUGUAUCGGAUAAACAUUAAUUCAAUUUCAAAAGCGGAAUAUGUUUGGUUCAAAUAAAUAAUUAUUCCAUUGUAAUAAAAUCUUCUGCUCACUUUCCUCAAUAAUAUUUUUGAUCAAAAAUAACAAUUUUUGUACAUUACAUUACAAUGUAUCCAAUUAUAAAUUGUGAAAUUUUUGCAAAUAGACAAGAGAUAGAUUUUAUUGGUACCCCAAUAUUUUUUAAGGUUGUAUUGAUAAUUAAAAAAAUGUUGAAAAGACAAGGAAAAUUUCAUUAGUAAAACCUAUAAAUCCAACGAGUUGUUAACUAAUUUCUUCAGUAUUUUUUAAAUAGUUUUCAUUGGGAAAUAAGGGAAAACAUCAACCCAGACAAUUUUUAGUAAGAGGUAGUAUUUAUUCUUCAAUUUUUUGAGGAAGGUUUAUUGCUACCCCAAAAAUAUUGAAAAACCAUAUAGUUUUUCUUUGAAAUUUUUGAAAUCGUCACCUCAAUAAAAAGGUCCAAGAAAUAAAGAGAUUAUUUUUUCAAUAUAUCUGAAAUUGACACCCGAGAAAAUGCAAGAAGAAAAGCCAGAAAUUUCAUUAAUAAGAUAUAUUAAUUAGUCUUACUUCAAUAGAUUUGAAACUGAUGCACCAAAAAACAGAAAAUACAGAAAAAAUAUGAGAAAAUCAAGAAAUUUUCUUGAUAGAACCUAAAGAUAUCAUUAAUUUGUAUCACUAAUUAUUUUUUUUUUCGAUAUUUUUGAACUUGACACCUCAAAAUAAUAGUAAAUUUGUCUUGAUUUUAAGUCUUUUUCUAUGAAAAUCAGUUUUUCACAUGUUAUUUUAUACUGAUUU